UCACACUCCUUAGUCCUCCAGGGUUCACAGACUUCUGAAGUAAGUUCUGAGUGAGUUCAGAGUUCAGAGUUCAGAGUUCAUAGAGAUAAUGGCGUCGGUCAGCUCCAGCGCCAGCUCCAAGGGAUCCGAAGUUUCUGCGAAGCAGCCAUCGAAACGCCUACAAUUUGACAGGCGUUACGGUUGGGUGUUUGAUGAAUGGAGAAAUCCGGCAGAAGAGGCUUUAGCUGGUGGCAGAGGAAUGUUUUGCAUUUUACCUCUCGCGCAAGCUUUGAUAGAGAAGGCUUCACAAUCGAUUAAUCUCAUGGUAACCUCUGCAGUCAAAGUUAUUGAAAGGGACCAAGUCUUACCUCAGGUGUUGCAAGCUCGUCAUAGUGAUUAGUUUCAUAAAUUCAUGUUUUCCAUACAAGGAGCCAAUCCCAACUUUUUUUCUCUGAAAAGGGGCUCCCCGAAAUUCUGUUCCAACUACAUACAUCUAUGUUCACAAAGAGAUGAUCCACAAACUAUACAAACUGUGAAUUAUUGUCAUUUUUACUGGGGAUCCGCCUAUAAAAUGUUUGCUUAUGCUCUUUUGAUA